ACCGCGAAAGAGGAGCGAGCGCAGCAUCAUGGCACCCGCUGGUCUCAAGGCUGUGGUGGGCGAAAAAAUUAUGGCGGAUGUGAUAAAGAAAGUGAAGAAGAAGGGAGAAUGGAAGGUGCUGGUGGUAGAUCAGCUCAGCAUGCGUAUGCUGUCUUCCUGCUGUAAAAUGACCGACAUCAUGACGGAGGGGAUAACAAUUGUGGAGGACAUCAAUAAGCGCCGAGAGCCACUGCCGAGCUUGGAGGCCGUGUACCUCAUCACUCCGUCAGAGAAGUCUGUCGAGUCUCUCAUCGGUGACUUCAAGGAACCCCCAAAUGCCAAGUACCGAGCUGCCCACGUCUUCUUCACAGACUCUUGCCCCGAUUCCUUGUUCAACGAGCUGGUCAAAUCCCGUGCGGCGAAAGUCAUCAAAACCCUCACGGAAAUCAACAUUGCUUUUCUGCCCUACGAGUCGCAGGUUUACUCCCUGGACUCCGCCGACUCGUUCCAGAGCUUCUACAGCCCCCACAAGGCCCAGAUGAAGAACCCGAUCCUGGAACGCCUGGCGGAACAGAUCGCCACCCUCUGUGCCACUCUGAAGGAAUACCCGGCUGUCCGAUACAGAGGGGAUUACAAAGACAACGCCAUGCUGGCCCAGCUCAUCCAGGACAAGUUGGACGCGUACAAGGCUGAUGACCCGACUAUGGGUGAGGGUCCGGACAAAGCUCGCUCCCAACUCAUCAUCCUUGACCGUGGCUUCGAUCCCAGCUCCCCGGUGUUGCAUGAACUGACAUUCCAGGCCAUGAGUUAUGAUCUCCUCCCCGUCGAGAAUGACGUCUACAAAUAUGAGACGAGCGGCAUUGGGGAGGCCCGAGUCAAAGAGGUUCUGCUGGACGAGGACGAUGACCUCUGGGUCACCUUGCGCCACAAGCACAUUGCCGAGGUGUCCCAGGAAGUUACCCGCUCUUUGAAGGACUUCUCUUCCAGUAAACGGAUGAACACAGGUGAAAAGACAACCAUGAGGGACCUCUCCCAGAUGCUGAAGAAGAUGCCCCAGUAUCAGAAGGAGCUCAGUAAGUACUCCACUCACCUCCACCUGGCUGAAGACUGCAUGAAACACUAUCAAGGCACCGUGGACAAGCUCUGUCGAGUGGAACAGGACUUGGCCAUGGGCACAGACGCAGAGGGGGAAAAAAUCAAGGAUCCCAUGCGAGCAAUUGUCCCCAUCCUCCUCGACGCGAACGUCAGCACCUACGACAAAAUCCGUAUCAUCUUGCUCUAUAUCUUCCUCAAAAAUGGAAUCACUGAAGAAAAUCUGAACAAGCUCAUCCAACACGCCCAGAUCCCACCUGAAGACAGUGAGAUCAUCACCAACAUGGCCCACCUUGGAGUACCCAUCAUCACAGAUUCCACCUUACGCCGCAGAAGCAAGCCAGAACGGAAGGAGCGUAUCAGCGAGCAGACCUACCAGCUCUCCCGAUGGACCCCAGUGGUCAAGGACAUCAUGGAGGAUGCCCUUGAGGAUAAACUGGACACCAAGCACUACCCUUACAUCUCCACCCGAUCCUCGGCCUCCUUCAGCACUACGGCUGUCAGUGCCCGCUACGGCCAUUGGCACAAGAACAAGGCGCCCGGGGAGUACAGGAGUGGCCCCCGCCUCAUCAUUUUCAUCCUGGGGGGCGUGGGCCUGAAUGAGAUGCGCUGCGCCUACGAGGUGACGCAAGCCAGUGGGAAGUGGGAGGUGCUAAUAGGCUCCACUCAUGUCCUCACCCCACAGAAACUGCUGGACACCCUGAAGAAACUGAAUAAAACGGACGAAGAAAGCAGCAGUUAAAAAACAAAAACCCGCCAACCCACACCAAUACACCUCCCCCAUCCCUUUCUCUUUCUCCCCCUCUCCCCCCCACCCCCCAACCACCACCAAAAAAGCAGCGAUGUGACUUCUGUGUCUCCCGUCGUUCCAGCUCUGCAGUCUCUGCUGCCGAAUUCCUUGGCCGUAGAUCCAUUUCUGCUCUCGUGUUUUUGGCGGUGUUUCCCUUUCAGUUCCCUCUCCUUCCCCUCCCGUCUCUUUCACCCUCCUCCAUUUGAAGCAAAGGUAAAUAAGACAGGAAAAUAAUAAUAAUAUGCAUUGUGUCUAAAGGGGAAAAAAAAGAAUAAUAUAUUCUAUAAUAUAGAUAUUAUCUCCGUAUGUAUCUGACGAAAUAAACCGCCGAAACCAAACUUCCAUUUCCGAAGUACCCAUUGCUUUGUCCUUGGCGAUUAUGCGAUGAUGCUGGUUAUUUUUAAAAUA